UCAGGGCGAUAUGGCAGAACACGGUGACAUUAAGGGAAAGACGUUUUUGAUCACAGGAGCCGCCUCUGGUCUAGGUGCAUUAUACGCUGAAGCGUUUCUACGAGAAGGAGCUAAGCACAUAGCGAUACUCGACGUAGCAGAGGCAAAAGGGAAGGAAACAGCUCAGCAACUGAAUAAGACAUAUCCUGGAAAAGUAACGUUCAUUAAGUGCGACGUUGGCGAUGAGGACAAUAUCUCAAAGAGUUUCAACCAAGUUGUGGACACCGUCAAGCAGUUGGACGUGGUGAUCAACAACGCUGGAAUUCUAAACGACUCGCCUGAUGUCUGGAGAAAAUCCUGUGAUGUUAACUGGCAAGGUCUGGUAUCAUUUUCAAUGAGGGCCGUGCAACACAUGAGAAAAGAUGAAGGCAGGGCAGGCGGCACCAUCGUAAAUAUUGCGUCCAUUGCGGCUGUCUUCCCAAUCGGGUCCAUUCCUAUCUACUGCGGAUCCAAAGCCGCAGUGCUACAUUUCAGUCAAAGUCUUUCGCAAGCUCCCUUUGAAGAAACGACAGGAAUAAGAGUGUUAACCAUAUGUUUCGGAGCAACGGACACGGCACUGAUGAAAAAUCUGGCUGAGAGGGUAUACAGUGAACAAUUUCAAGAGGAGUUUUUGAACCUUAUACCAAACAAUGCGAUUCAAAAAGCCGAAUCAGCUGUGGAAGCCUUCAUUUUAAUGUUCAAGAAUGCAUCAAAUGGCUCGGUGUGGCUGUCGAAAAAUAACCAGCCAGUGCAAGAUAUAACGCCUAAGAUACACGACUUUUAUAACUCAUUUACUAUAAAAAUCCUGAUAAGAUUAAAGAACAACAGAUACAAUAUAAAAUUGACACAUAAAGAGAAAGCGGAGCCAUUGAAUCACAAAUAUCACAAUAUGGCAGGACUAGCGGACAUUACGGGAAAGACAUGUCUGAUCACAGGAGGCGCUUCGGGUUUGGGAGCGCUAUACGCUAAUGCUUUCCUGAGGGAAGGAGCUAAGUAUGUAGCUAUACUGGACAUAGCAGAGGCGAAAGGAAAAGAAACAGCUGAACAACUGAACAGCAUAUAUCCUGGCAAAGUGGCGUUUAUUAAAUGCGAAGUUGGGGAAGAGGAGAGCAUCUCAAAAAGUUUCAACCAAGUUGUGGACACGGUCAAACGAUUGGACGUGGUGAUCAACAACGCUGGAAUUUUCAACGACUCUCCUACUAACUGGAGAAAAUCGUGUGAUGUCAAUUGGCAAGGUCUGGUGUCGUUUUCGAUGAGAGCAGUGAAGCACAUGCGAAAAGCUGAAGGCGGAGCAGGCGGGACCAUCGUAAACAUCGCGUCCGUAGCGGCUCUCCGCCCAACAGGGUGCUUUCCUAUUUACUGCGCGUCCAAAGCGGCUGUGCUACAUUUCAGUCAAAGCCUUUCGCAAGUUCCAUUUGAAGAAAUAACAGGUAUUCGAGUGUUAACGAUAUGCUUAGGACCAACGGACACUGCAAUCAUGGAAAACCUGGCUGACAGGAGGUAUGACAAAACAUUUGGAAAUGUCCUUUUGAAGCGCAUAACCCAGGAUUCACUUCAAAAAACCGAACCAGCUGUAGCAGCCCUCAUCACGAUGUUCAAAAACGGGACAAACGGCUCGGUGUGGAUGUCGGAGAACAAUCAACCAGUCCAAGACAUCACGCCGAAGAUACAAGCCUUUUAUAACUCAUUUGCUAAAUAAAUUACUUAUUUUAAUCAACAUGAA